AUGUCGUCUUCUGCCCAGAAACCUCUGAAGAGAGGUUUCGAGAGGUCAAUCUCAAUGCAAACACGAGCAUAUUUAGAUCUUACCAAAGAGGAUGUGAACUCAAUCAAGGGAUGCAGUGCAUGGCACUGGGAAACUAGUAUUAUCUAUGUUAGCGCCCUUGAUAUGACUGAGUCGUGUUACUCUAAGAUAAGGGUUUUUGGUUGGUGGAUUGAUUUCAGGGGAAAGGCACUCGGAUCCAGGAGAAUCGUGAUCACCACGAGCGGUGGUGUGCGGUGUGGGGAAGGAGGGAUGGGUGGCGGCCAGAGGAGGAGGCUGCUGUUAGGGUUUGGUCUGGCCCUCUUGUUUGGAAUGGCCAUCUACUUCCGACUUUGGGUCAUAGACUCCUCCUUCUCCCUCGAUGAUAGGGAAGCUCUGAGAAAGCAAUUUGAUCGUGCCAAUAUGGAGGCAAUGGAUGAAUCUGCUGAAUGGAGAAUGAAAUAUGACAAGGAGCUAGAAAUGAGCAGACAAUAUCAGCUGGAAAUAACUGAGAUUAAGGACGCUUUGUCGGAUUCUAAGAAGAAAAUAGUAAUGCUGCAAGAGGAGAACACUGGGCUUGAGAUGCAAGUGGAGUCUUUGAAGCGAAAACUGGAAGCCAUGGAACAGCAUUGCAAGUGCAACUGAUUAGUUGGUGUUCAUUAAUGCAUAGAAAGGACUACAGAUACUGAGAUACAUGCACUUCAUCCACUUGUUAUGAUAUAUCCAGUGAGAUCUCAAUACCUCUUGACUUUAAAAGAUAGCACAACUCCUGUUUUAUUCCUUGUUUAAAUUGUGCAAAAGGAUGCCUGCUUACUUUCACUGGGUCAAAAACAUCAUUGUUAUUUGAGGUGGCAUGGCACAUGCACAGACAUAUAUAGAUGCUCCGAGAUUGAUUGAAUCUGGAUUUUGUUCCAUGGAAUCAAAGAUUCCACCUUGGAAUGACUUUGUAGAACAUGGGAAUCAUAAGCAUAAAUUUCAGUCAAAUGGAUGAAUAUAGUUGUUUAGUUUGCCU